AUGAACCAAAGGUCUACCCAGACUAUGAGAUGUAACAGUGAGUCCAGAACUUAUCCAUGUACCAUUUGUGGUGACCAAAGUCAUACUGGACCUCAGUGCCCCCUGUUUUACCCAACUGAAACUACCCCUGACCAGGUUAGUAUCCUACAUGGUGGUAUGAACUCUAAAUUUGAGGGGAGACCCAAGUUUGAUCCCUAUUCUAAUACGUAUAACCCUGGUUGGAGACAUAAGCCUAAUUUUUCGUGGUCUAAAGGUUCCCAACAUGGUGGCCCAUCUAGCAAGCCACCACCAGGUUUACAUAGGAACCAAACUCAAUUCCAAGAACCAAGCCCAGUUGAUCAUAAGUUGACAUCUUUAAAAGAAUCCCUGAAACUUUUAGCUCAAAGCGUUGUCCAAAGCAACCAAAAGUUCGAUGACUUUGUCAUAAUGAGUCAACGUAACCAGCAAAAUAAUGCCCAAGCUAUUAGCAACUUAGAGACUCAAAUAAGUCAACUUUCAAACCGGUUAAAUGAUACGGAGAACCGGACAUUUCCUAGCCAAAUGACUCCAAAUCCGAAAGUAGUUAACCAGGUUAAUGGGUCGGGUAGUUCUAAACACAAUGAACAUAUCAAAGCAGUUAUCACCCUUAGGAGUGGUAAAACUCUAGAGAACUCGGUAGAACCACCUAAGGACAAAAUUCCAGCUAAAAAAGAGAAUGGGGUUGACCAAACUUCGUCUAAAGACCUUAAUGGGCCUAAGAGUGCUAAGAGUCCAAGUGAGGAAGAUAUCACUGAGAGAGUGUACAUACCACCUGCACCAUUUCCUCAAAGACUCGCUAAGAAAAGCCUAGUAUAUGAACAACUUGGACUAGGGGAAAUGAAACUAACUAGGAUAACACUACAAUUAGACGAUAGGUCAGUCAAAAUCCCACGUGGAAUUAUUGAAGAUGUUUUGGUUCAGGUUGAAAACUUUAUCUAUCCAGUUGACUUUGUGAUUUUAGACACUCAACAUGUCUCUAGUCAAGAUAUCAAUAUCCCAAUCAUCUUAGGUCGUCCGUUUCUAGCCACUGCAAAUGUAGUCAUACAUUGUCAAACUGGCCUAGUAGAAUUUUCAUUUGGGAAUCGGAAAAUCUCGGUAAACGUUUUUAAGGCGUUACAAGCCCCACCGGACCCUGAACACUAUGAGUCUAUAUGUAUGAUUGACUCUCUAGUCGAGAAUACCUUUACCACUAAUAGUGUUAGCGAUCCUUUAGAGGCCUGCUUGGCCCACUUUGGAGCCUACUACGAUGAGGAUAGUCAUUUUAAAGAAGUUAAUGCGUUGUUAGACUCUGCGCCAGUAAUGAAUUAUGGAAAAUGGCAGCGUCAACCAGAACCUCUUCCGCCGACCAUAGAUAAACCCCUCCAAUUAUCAGUUAAGGCACCCACCCUUAAAUUAAAGUCGCUACCAGAUACACGGAAAUAUGUAUUUCUUGGUAAUGAGAAUACUCUUCCUGGCAUAAUUGCCUCUGACUUAGAGCCCGAUCAGGAAAGUAGACUAGUUAAUGUUCUCCAAGAGCACAAGACUGCAAUAGGGUGGACUAUAGUAUAUUUGAAAGGAAUUAGUCCUGCUGACUGUAUGCACCACAUCUACUUAGAAGAAGGUGCCAAAACCUCAAGAGAAAUGCAGAGACGUUUAAAUCCUAAUAUGAAGAAAGUUGUCCGCACAGAGGUGCCCAAAUUGUUAGAUGCGGGUAUCAUAUACCCCAUAUCUCAUAGUAAAUGGGUCAGCAUGUCCAGGUUGUCCCAAAUAAGUAUGGGAUUAUAG